AUGAACAAGAAUGUAGGAACGCUCGGCUUCCUGUGGCGCGCCGUCGCUGGCCAGCCUUUGGUACACGCCCGUGUGCUUUCGCAGGAAGCGCGGGGAAUAUGGGCACAGUCGCAGUCGACAUCGAGCCGAGGCAUCCAGAAACGGGCCAUUGCUUCCAACUGCCGCCUCUUGGGCCUGUCGACGACGACGAGUCUGCCCUCGAUUGCGCGCUCACAGUAUCCUGGACAGGCUCCCACCUGCCUGCUCCGAGCGUCAUCACCCCGCACUGGUCACCUUCAGCAGAGUGUGACUAGUACUGUGCUCUCGGCAUGGAGCAGAAAUGCAUCGUCCAAGGCAUCCAGGGCGUUGAGGAAGAGCAGAGGCAGCGACCGACGCAACAAAAGUUCGGCGACCAAUGGCUCAACCAAGGACAAGCAAGGCCCCACAGGUCAAGCACCCCAGGCCCAGCUAUCUCCCCAGCCGAACUCGUCCACCAAAGCCUCAAAGACGCCCCCGAACCCGAAGCCUGAAGUAGCGAGUGCUGCAAAGCCCCUCCUCGAUCGUCUACCACACCACCUACCCCACAUAUACCGUCCGAGCAAAGCCGAACUACUCGAGGCAGCGUCUGGUUUCUGGUCACGGAUAAAGAUCCACUUCAAGUGGCUUACCAUCCGAAGCACCCGCCCAUUCAAUGCCGAUGAGAUAUACGCAUUGUUCUCGUGGAUCAUCGCGGCGCACUUUCUGUGGAUCGUCUUGGGAACUACAACGUUUUUCAUGUUGACCAUCUUCCUGGUCAAUACCGCCUUCUCCCAGGAGACCAUCGCCAAGUUCAUCGGAAACUACUUGACCAAGUCUUCGGGCAUAAAAGUUGUCUUUGAGACUGCUGUUGUACCCAAGUGGGGAGAUGGCGUCAUCUCCUUCCGCAACGUUUUUGUCUCGCGACGUCCAGGUCAGGGCAAGGGAAAGGUCAGCAAGGGCUCACAAACGGAGAUGGCUGCUGCCGCUGCUACCAUAACCCACCAGGACAAGGACGGUCAAGACGGUGUCGAAGAGAAAGUGGAACCCGAAGAAGACACCAAUUACACCCAGUUUGAUAUAUCCAUCGAUACCGUCAACGUCACACUGUCCUUUUCUAAGUGGUUCAAUGGGAAGGGCUUGUUGAAGGAUGUCGAAAUCAAGGGUAUCAGAGGCGUGGUAGAUCGGACAUUCGUGAAGACAAUUGAAGGCGUGGAUCCUAGGUCAUACAAGCACGAGCACAACCCAGGCGAUUUCGAACUGGAAUCUUUCAAGAUGGAAGACCUCCUUGUAACCAUCUACCAGCCCAACGACUUCCGCCCGUUCUCUGUGAGCAUCUUCUCCUGCGACCUCCCCCAGCUGCGAAAGCAAUGGUUGUUCUACGACUUCCUCUCCGCCAACAUGAUGUCCGGAUCCUUCGACAACUCGCUCUUUACGAUACAUCCUCGACAAACACACAACCGCACUGGCACGCAAUUGAGCAGCGGCCGCGACAGCGAAGAUGGUAAAGCCUGGAAGAAGCACAGCCGGAUUCGCAUCGAUGGCCUCAACAUUGACCAUCUUAACAGAGGCUUCGAAGGCCCCUUCUCAUGGAUCCACGAAGGCAAUGUCGAUAUUGUAGCAGAUGUCAUGUUCCCUAGCGACGACGACGAUAGCAUUGCAAAGGUCAUGUCCGACAUGUAUGACCGCGUUGAGGCGACCGUCAUUCAACAACGCAAACAUCAUUUCUCCGACCAUGCCGUACACGGGUUCGAUGAGCACCAUGAAGACAAGUCAAACCUUGACGAGGGGACAGAAGAAGACAAGCGCUACAUGAUCAUGGACAUGCGCGUUCAUCUCAACGACGUGCGCGCCGCAGUCCCCAUCUUCACCCGAGAUAUUUCUUAUGUGAACAACGCGCUCGUACGACCUAUCGUAGCUUACAUGAACUCGAGUCGCACCUUCAUCCCAGUAAACUGCAGGGUUGUGAAGAGAGUUAGUGAGUUCGAUGGGAGCUGGACCCUCUACGACAGCGGGUUGAUGGAGGAAGUGUCGAAGGAAAUGUACGAUGCCUUUGCCCGCGACGUCCUCGAAGACCGAACCACACGCAAGCGACGCAUAAAAAAGGUGGGCAUUUGGACACUGCAACUCGCAGCCCAAGCCCUCUUCCUUGGUCUCGCCGGCAACAUUGCGUAA